GGCACCGCCGGACAAAACAACGUCCCGCUGAAGCGUGUUUCGUUGAGAAAAGCGGCUUAUUGCAGAUAACAUAUUUGACUGCAAUGUUACACCUGCCGCAGGAUGUUGUCUCUAGAUCUGGAAACUGAUACUACUGCGGAGGACACCGCGCCGAGCUCCCCAGAUGGAGGCGCGCAGACACCGGCCAGUCUCGAUGUGCUGGAAGAGCAAUGGCCAAUAAAACAGUCCCUAAGUGCCUCUAUGUGCCGCGAGACGCACUGGCGAUGCCUCCUCCUUUCGCUGCUCAUGUACAGCUGCCUGGGUGCCGUGACCUGGUGUCAGCUCACCCAGGUCACCAAGCUGAGCUUCGAUUCCUCCAGUACUUCCCUCACAACCUCAAUGAACUCUCUCAAAGGAGGAGGUCGCGCCAUGAUAUACCACGACAGCCCUUGCUCUGAUGGCUAUGUGUACAUCCCCUUGGCCUUCCUGCUCAUGCUCUACGCUGUUUACCUUAUGGAGUGCUGGCACUGUCGCGCCCGCAGUGAGUUACAAUGCAAGGCCAACAUUGACAGCGUGUAUGACAGGGUUCUACGGAUGCGGCAAGCCCGACCAUGUGUAUGGUGGAAAGCCAUCAGUUACCAUUUUGUACGCAGGACUCGACAAGUAACGCGUUACCGGAAUGGAGAUGCCUACACAACCAUGCAGGUUUAUCACGAGCGGGUUAACACACAUGUAGCCGAGGGUGAGUUCGACUACGGUCGCUACGGAAUGAGAGACGUCUCCCGCAACUUGCGCGGACUGGAGGGUCACGUGGCGACACGGUUGCAUUUCUCCAAGUGCUUUAGCUUCACAGGAGCAGGACCUGAAAAUGCUUACCUCAACCAACGAGCCAGGUUCUUCUCGGAAAUCGAAGGACUGGAUGACUACAUGGAAGCCCGUGAAGGAAUGCUGCUGAAGAACGUCGACUUUAAGGAGCACCUCAUCGCUUACGUUGAUCCCGACCAAAUGCCAUGGUACACCUCUCGGGUCACCUUCUGGUUGGCGGCUCUACUCAUGCUCUCCUGGCCUUUGCGAGUGCUGAUAGAGUACCGUACAGCGUUUGUGCACUACCAAGUCGAGAAACUCUUCGGACUAGAGUAUAGCAACAACAGCCCAUCUCCAGAAGUCGACGCCACCACGAGGAACAAUCGCUACGGCCUUCCAAGAGCAGAAACCGUUGAUAGUACGGAGCUGGAAUGGCACAUUCGAACAAACCGCCAGCUUAUACCAAGCUACUCAGAGGCCAUGCUAAUGAACCUGGGGACUUCUGGUUCAAACCAAAGAGACAGCAUUUCCUCCAACCAACUGCUGUUGGACAGCUGCUCGACACAGAGCUACGGGACACUGGUGCAGAACUGUGAGCACUGUUGUGAACACGAAGGUGGGCAAAGACGCCCGACUAUCAGCUCUAGCUGUUCCUCCAUCUUCUCUCGCCACACCUUCCACUCCCGUUUGUCCCUGGACACCUCGCACUUCUCACUUUGCCGCAUGUACGGCUCCAGGCGCACCGUGGGACUUUGGAGGAGCCGCAGUAGUACACUUACAGAUCGCUGCUGCCCCGAUGAACAGUGCUGCAGGUCUUACACCAGUCAGCUUGCGCUUAAUGACAGCCCGCCGAACUACCAAGACGCCCGCUUCUUCCCAGUCCUCAUUGUACAUCGGCCUGAGGGCUGUGGGGACUCCUCUGAGGUGAGGAGAUAUUAUGUUCGCAGAGGCUCCUGUUCUGUGGAGACUUCGGUUUAGAGUGGCUUGAACUGGUCAGGCUGACUAAUUCAGCGAUAGAAAACAUUUGUUUAACAUUAUUAUUUGCACUAUGCAGAAAGUGGACUUGAUGGCUGUAGCUUGAUGCCGAACUGAUGAAGUGUAUUCUCUGAACUGUCUUGAUCUAUCAGCAAACAUGUGUAAAAUUAGAAAUGUGGCUUAUUCAGUGCAGCACUUUUUUUAUACAUUUUGAUUUCAAUUAAAGGGCUGGACUGGAAUUAUCAAUAAAUAUAACAAGUUUUUCAUACUCUUUAUGAACAGCUGGCUUAAGGAUAUGCCAGCUUUAAUAAAAUCAUAUAAAAAAAGAAAUCACAUUACACAUAUUUUACGUCAAAAACAUGCAUUGCUUGUAAUAAAUGUUUGUGCUCACUGACGGAAUGGGUUAUGACUUCUGACUUGCAGAAGAGAGAAAGAGAGAAAAUAAAUUCACUAGCUGACAUUUUGCCUUUGUUACUAAUCUGAAAUGUUUUUUAAAGAAAUAAAUAAUUUUAUAACGAGUUAUAUACAUAUAUAUGCAUAAUUAAAGACAAAUAUCAUUAUUGUUAUAGUUGUUAUUUUCAUUAUUGUAUUAUUAUUAUUUUUAAUUUUUUUAAUAUUAAUGAACAUGAACACUGAAUGAGUAUGUUGGCAUCAAUAAUUUUCUUUGAUGUCUGGUUUAUAUAAGCAAAGGUUGCAUGGCAAUUUGCUUACAUUGUUGAGAGAGACUCAUCAAUUUAAUGACCCCCUUAUGGCCUAACCUGUAUGUUCGAGGUAUGGAUGUGAGAAAGUUAAUAAAUGCUGCUGAAAUGGCAGUGACUGUUAUAAAAUAGUGCAGAAUAAAAUUUCUCCAAUGCUAAAACUUGAAAA